UUCCAUUCCCGCGUAUUUUAAACUAAUCGCUAGUUCUAUCCCUUCUCCCUUCUUCUCAAAUAGCUUCCAAAUCCAAUCCCAUUUCCUCUCUCUCUCAUAACUAACCGUUUCUCCACACUCUCACAACAACGAACUUCCAACACAGAUCUGAAAUGAAAAUGAAGAUCAACAAAGCCGCCGAUCUCUCCUCAAUCUCCGUCUUCCCUCCUCCUCACCUUUAUUCAAGGAGGCCGAACAAUGUAUCGAACGGAUUGCAAGCGUCGCAGCAUCGAUCACAACCGUCUCAGCAGUCGUUUUCUCAGGGACUUUCAUCUCAGCAAGGGAUUAUGUCUCAUUUCUCUCAAAGCUCGCUCGAUGAAGCUAUCACAGUAAAUGAUCAGAGAGCUGGUUCUCAAGAACACGAGAACUCUUCAAGGAGGUUUUCUAGUUUGCCUCGACCUGCUUUUUCGAAGGACGAGAGUCAGCCACACAACUCAAGAUCUUCAUCCAAUCUUCUGGUCAAAUGGAACUCUGUAGAUAAUAAAAAUCAGUUAAGUGAAGGACUCGAAAACCGAAUUGGCAUAAUGGAAACCUCAUUAAGCAGGUUUGCAAUGAUCAUGGAUUCUGUUCAAAGUGAUGUAAUGCAAGUAAACAAAGGAACAAAGGAAAUUAAUUUGGAGAUGGAGUGCAUAAGACAGAAGUUGAUUGCUCAGGAUAACUCGCUUCAGUUAAUGAUGAGAGGACAAGAAGAACUUAAAGCAAGCAUUAAUGAGAGCUUGAAAUCUGUAUCUGAACAAAUGAGCCAUGUUACAAACAUAGAGAAGUUACAGGAAGUAUAUAUGUUGGUUUCAGCCAUGCCUCAGCUAAUUGAAGGCUCUAUGAGAAAUUUGCAAAAUGAUCUCCAGAAAACUACCAAGGAAAUGCAGGAAAUCUCUCGCAGUUUAAAACAUACUAACCAAAAGGAUCUGGCACAGUCUAUUCUGUCUCCAAAGUGUGUUAGCAAACAAUUUAUCACACCAAAACUGCAUCAGCGCUCGGCUAAUGAAGCAAAGAUGAACACUCCAGCUAUUGCAGCUUCAAAAGUAGACACGGGAGGCUGGAUGCCAGUAAAAAGAGAGAGAGUCACUUUUUCAGAUAGAAUAACAGAGAAGGUGCAAAAGCAAACUCAACCACACACUGAGAAGACAAGAGGAGCAAGAGACUGUGCAAUUGUCAUUGAAUCUGACGAGGAGACUGAUGGAAAAUUUUCCUGCGUGGUUAAAGUAAACGCAGACUUGUUCGGAAAUCUGAGCAGGGAAGAAGAGGAAGAAGCCGAGCGAAUUUUGAGGAAUGCAAGGAGACGCAAGAGGAGGCGUAAUUCUAUGGUAACCAUCCUUUGAAGCUUCCUCGUCUCGUCGGAGCCUCCAGUGCCCGCAAAUCAUGGCACGCAGCUGCCUGUGACUUAUUUCCUUCUUCCCUUCAAAAGCUUUCAGUUGUAUUCCUAAGUUUAUCAGUUAUCUGAUAAUAUCACCCCCAACACUCCUCAAACUCCAAAUCCAAACACAGGUCAAAGCAAACAGAUAAAAAAAAAAAUCAAAGUAGAUUUUAUUUUAUUUUUUUCAAAAAAAAUAAUAAUUCCCAAUGUAAGUGUAACUGUAAACUUAGCAGCAAGCUAAUUAAGCUUUAUGGUUUAUGGAAAAUGUUUCUACCCAGUAAUACUCUAGCAUCGACUGCUUCUUAACUUCUUUUUUUUUAGAUUAUAAAAGAAACUGCUUACUGACUUUGUUUGCAGUUUCUCUCAUUUCUUUCAAUUCCAUUGCCUCUAAAAUAUAAG